GGAUUUCUGCCCAGAAAAGCAAGUUGCAAAAAGGCUGGUAUAGUCUGAGCCCCUUUGGUAAAAUGAAUGACAUUUAGUAGUAUUCACUUAAGAAAAAAGUCCGGACAGAAAGUGCCACAAACUUUGUGGUGGUCAUCUCUGAAAGUUUCACGUUAGGGGAAUUUUUAACUUCCUUUGUUGUGUGGGACGCCCAACCUACGUCAAAUCUGAACUCUGCCCCGGAAUUCCCCUUAAAAUGAGAACUCAGGCUAAAGUGAAAGCAUGUUGCACACAGCCUGUCUUCACAGAAAAACACGCUGCCGCCUGCCCCGGAGAGUGGCUUGUUUACCACAGAUAUCUGGAAGGUCUGGCACAUGGAGGACGACACAACAAGACCCAAAGAGUCCGUCUCUCUCGCAGCCGUGGCCAACAUGGGGGAUGAGCUGGAGGAAGACCAGCCCCUGGGCAGCGACUUGAACCAUGCGGAAGACAGGAACAAUUUGAACGAAGCCAGCCAGGAGCCCCUCUCAGGAAGGAGGACCCUGCAGGCUGCCCUGAGAGUGCGGCACUUCUACAGGGAGCACGCACAACUGUUCCGAUGGAUUUGCAUAGGCCUGCUCUGCACUGCGUUCGCGGCCUUCCUGUUGACUGCCUGCAUCCUGAAUUUCCAGAGGGCCCUGCCCCUGUUUGUCCUCACCUGUGUGGUCCUGGCCUUCUUGGCCUACAGCCUGUUGAAGAGGCGGCUGGGACCAAACCUGCGGAGGUGUGCCACGCCUUGGGAGCAUUCCCGCCGCCAGAGCCUCUGGUUUAAGAGGGGUCUAGCCCUCGCUGCUUUCCUGGGCCUGGUCCUGUGGCUGGCUCUGGACACCUCCCAGCGGCCUGAGCAGCUGGUGUCCUUCGCAGGCAUCUGCGUGUUCAUUGGCAUCCUCUUUGCCUGCUCAAAGCAUCACCGCGCAGUGUCUUGGCGGACCGUGUCCUGGGGUCUUGGGCUACAGUUUGUACUUGGCCUCUUUGUCAUCAGAACAGAACCUGGAUUUAUUGCAUUCAAGUGGCUGGGCGACCAGAUCCAGAUCUUCCUGAACUACACCAAGGCCGGCUCCAAAUUCGUGUUUGGGGAAGCUCUGAUCAAGGAUGUCUUUGCCUUUCAGGUUCUGCCCAUCAUUAUCUUCUUCAGCUGUGUCAUGUCCAUUCUCUACCACCUGGGCCUCAUGCAGUGGGUGAUCCUGAAGAUUUCCUGGCUGAUGCAGGUCACCAUGCGCACCACCGCCCCUGAGACCCUGAGUGUGGCUGGAAACAUCUUUGUGAGCCAGACCGAAGCUCCUCUGCUGAUCCGGCCCUACUUGGAGGACAUGACGCUCUCUGAAGUCCACGUUGUCAUGACGGGAGGCUAUGCCACCAUUGCCGGCUCCCUGCUGGGUGCCUACAUCUCCUUUGGGAUCGACGCCGCCUCUUUGAUUGCUGCCUCUGUGAUGGCCGCCCCGUGCGCGUUGGCCCUCUCCAAGCUGGUCUACCCGGAGGUAGAGGAGUCCAAGUUCAGGAACAAGGAAGGAGUGCAGCUAAGCUCCGGAGAUGCUCAGAACAUCUUAGAAGCCGCCAGCAGCGGGGCCGCCAUCUCUGUGAACGUCAUUGCCAACAUCGUGGCCAACCUGAUCGCCUUCCUGGCCGUGCUGGACUUCAUCAAUGCUACCUUCUCCUGGCUGGGGAACAUGGUGAACAUCCAGGGGCUCAGCUUUCAGCUCAUCUGCUCCUACAUCCUGCGGCCGGUGGCUUUCUUAAUGGGAGUGGCCUGGGAGGACUGCCCGGUGGUGUCCGAGCUGCUGGGGAUCAAGCUGUUUCUGAAUGAGUUUGUGGCCUAUGAGAAGCUCUCCAAGUACAAGCACCGCCGCCUUACUGGGGUGGAGGAGUGGAUCAAUGGCGAGAAGCAAUGGAUCUCCGUCCGAGCAGAAAUCCUCACGACAUACGCCCUGUGUGGAUUUGCCAACCUCAGCUCCAUUGGCAUCAUGCUGGGAGGCCUGGCCUCCAUGGUCCCCCAACGGACUAGCGACUUCUCCGACUUCUCCCAGAUUGUUCUGCGGGCACUCUUCACAGGGGCCUGUGUGUCCCUGAUGAACGCCUGUGUGGCAGGGAUCCUCUAUGUGCCCAGGGAGGCGGAGGUCAACUGUACAAGCCUCCUGAACACAACCCUCACCAGCACCAGCUUUGAUGUGUACCAGUGCUGCCGCAAGGCCUUUCAGAGCACCAGCCCGGAGUUCAGCCUGGACAACUGCUGCCGAUUUUACAACAACACAAUCUGUCCAUAGUGGGGCAGCAUGACUCGGUGCCUUCUGGGGGCUGUUCUUCCCCAGGAGGCAGCUGACCCCACCUUUCCCUCUCCAGGCCUGUCCUCGGGGAAGCCCGCUGGGAGGGAGCAGUGGCGUGAGUGGGCGGAGGCUGCCUUCUCUGUUCUCUCCUCCACAUCCAACAGCACCCUGGUCUUUUUAGUCCCUUCCUACCAUGGAUCUCUCCCACACACCCUUUCCUUCGCUUAUGGCCCCUCGCCCGUGGCAUCCAGGCCCCCUCCUUCCCUCUUCUCUGGCACUUGGGGCUUACUGAGGCUUACCCCUGCUCAUGGUUUCUCCUGAAGGCCCCUUCCCCUGCUUCCACAGACUCUCCACUGCCUUCCUUCAUUGCACUUCCCAAACUGGGGUCCCGUGGAACACUCCCACAAUAUGUCCAGAACUUCCAUGGUCCACUAGGUUCGGGAAACACUAGGCUAAAUAAAGUUAGACAGGUUGUUUUGUUU